AUGCGUAUCUUCUGGACGUUUUUGAUAACAGAAUUAUCAUCAGUGAAUUACAGGAAACUCAUAGUGCUUUCUCUAUUGGUUGCGGCAUGCUCUGCUGUUGCGACAUAUUAUUGGAAUUUGAAUAAAAAGAAGAGAGAAAAGGCCGGCCGUGUCUUGCCACCAUUCGUACAUUCGCCUCUCUCGGAACGGUCUGCGGCUGUUGCACGCGAAGGACACCACAGUUGCUGCUGUCAUGAAAUGAAGCCGUACGAUUCUUGCGAUGUGACGACUAAGUUGGUUGCCGAUGAUGUGUCGAUACGGGCCACUGAGUCCGAUAGUUUUACGGAAGAAGACGAAGCCACUGGGGAUGUUGUAAUUGCGAUGUCUCCGCAUAAGGAAAGAACAAAAGAGCCUACAGAGAAACCAGCUGAGCCGAAACAAUGAAAAAAAAUUCAUCAAGCAUUAUUGCUCCCAUUUCGUUUUCUACUGCAUACAUUUCAACCAAAAUAAAUAUUUUUGUUCAGCUG